CUCCCACGAGCCCUUCAUUGGCCAACUUCCGCCCGGCGUUUCCCACAAAUCAAAAACCAAACCUCUGAAUCUCCUUCGAUUUACAAACGGCACUCACAUUCAAUAAAUCCAUACGAUUUCCGUUCGAAUCAGCUCUCCAUUUUGAUCUUCUUCUUCUUCUGCGGUUUUCUCAGCCCCUUUUUUGGUUUCUGUCACUGUUCCUUUCCGUUUCUUCAGAUAUCCUCGCGGAGCUCGCUCAUGCUUCCAUCGAUUUGACGAAUAUCUUGUUGCUUCGGCUGUAAGCUAUGGAAAUUGUGUAGAUGUGAUCCAAUUUUCAUGGAAGCUGAGGGAUAAAGGUUUUCACGGAAGUUGUAUAAGGAAGAUUUGUGAACAUGGCUCCGACUAGCAAAGCUGACAAGAAAGCGGCUGUAGAUGCAGCCGCUUGGAUGUUUAACGUUGUAACUUCUGUUGGAAUAAUAAUCGUGAAUAAAGCUCUCAUGGCUACAUAUGGCUUCAGCUUUGCCACAACUUUGACAGGUUUGCAUUUUGCGACAACCACCCUGAUGACUGUUAUUCUAAGGUGGCUUGGUUAUAUUCAACCCUCCCAUCUUCCACUACCCGAGCUUCUUAAAUUUGUAAUAUUUGCCAACUUUUCUAUUGUUGGAAUGAAUGUUAGCCUGAUGUGGAAUUCAGUGGGAUUUUAUCAGAUUGCAAAGCUGAGUAUGAUACCCGUAUCUUGCUUAUUGGAAGUGGUCUUGGACAAGAUUAGGUACUCCAGAGACACAAAGUUGAGCAUUGCAGUUGUUCUUUUGGGCGUCGGAGUGUGCACUGUAACUGAUGUCAGUGUUAAUACCAGAGGAUUUGUUGCUGCGGUUAUCGCUGUAUGGAGCACUUCUCUGCAGCAAUACUAUGUGCAUUUCCUCCAACGGAAGUAUUCGCUUAGUUCCUUCAACCUGUUGGGGCAUACUGCUCCAGCGCAGGCCGCAUCACUUCUACUGAUAGGACCCUUUCUCGACUACUGGUUGACCGUCAAAAGGGUAGACCAAUACGACUACAAUUUACCCUCUAUCAUUUUUAUAUUCCUCUCCUGUUCCAUUGCCGUGGGGACCAAUCUUAGCCAAUUUAUCUGCAUAGGCAGAUUCACAGCUGUGUCGUUUCAAGUACUUGGCCACAUGAAGACGAUCCUUGUGUUGGUCAUGGGAUUUUUCUUCUUUGGGAAGGAGGGGCUUAACAUGCAGGUAGUUUUGGGAAUGGUCAUAGCUGUCAUUGGAAUGAUCUGGUAUGGUAACGCCUCGUCGAAACCCGGUGGAAAAGAACGUCGGAGCCACUCGCUCCCGACCGCUAGACAACAAAAACACAGCGGUUUAACAGAUUCUACCGAACAUGAUGGGAAGGUCUAAAGAAGUUUGGCUCGUUCCAAAAGGAAAUUUUAAUUUAAUUUGCUGAGUUUAGAAUGACGAUCAUAUUUCUCAUAUUUAUUCAUCCCCUCACCCAAUUCUCUAAUUUUCAUUUUUUUUCCUUUACGAUAUUCGGUUUCUCAGAGGGCAUUGUGUAAUUCAGGAUAGGAAAAGUUUUCUUGGAAUUUUCAUUUUUUCUUAUUUUUUAUAAAUUAUCAUCAGAAUCACACUACUAAUUUUGGUCGUUAGAAA